AGUGAAUCCAUAACAACCCUUUCAUUGUUAGUUAAUUGCAGUCUCUUGCGUCGGACUUUGUUAACGCACAAAUCAUUUGGCUUAUUUAGCAACUAACUGGUCUUCUUAGCGUUCGCACCACUUACGUACUAGGGGGCGCCUCACGCGUUUUGUUCUCUAGCUAGCAAGAUGGGAGAGCGCAAAGUGCUCAACAAGUACUAUCCACCGGACUUCGAUCCGUCACAGCUUCCGAGGGGGAAGCGCAGGGAGACAAAUGAGAUGAAAGUGCGCAUGAUGUUGCCCAUGUCGGUGCGGUGCAAGACAUGUGGCACGUUCAUGUACAAGGGCACGAAGUUCAAUACCCGCAAGGAGGAUGUCAUGGGGGAGGACUACCUUGGAAUCCAAGUCUUCAGAUUCUACUACAGAUGUAAAAAAUGUGCGGCGGAGUUCUGUAUGAAGACAGAUCCCAAGAACGCAGACUACAUCCUGGAAGGCGGCGCCACUCGCAACUACGAACCCUGGCGCGACGAGGAAGCCACCAAAGCCGAGGCCGUGGCCAAACGCGAGGAAGAGGAGGCGGGCAACGCCAUGAAGGCGCUCGAGAACCGCACCCUCGACUCCAAGCGCGAAAUGGACAUCAUGGCUGCGUUGGAUGAGAUGCGCGCGCUGAACGCGCAGCACGCGCGCGUCACCACGGAGCAAGCGCUGGCGGCGCUGCAGCGCGCGGCGGCAGCCCAGCAGGUGGAGGUGGGCGAGGAGGAGGCGGCGGACCUAGCGCAGUUUUACCAGCUGCGGGCGCAAGCCAACUCACGGAAGCUGGCGGAAGAGGAGGAGGAGGAGGAAGGUAGGGAUGGAGAGAAGGAGGAGGAGGAGAGGGGAGGUGCGGGGCCAAGCAGGAGGGAGGGGAGAGACGCGGGGCCGUCCACGUCAGCGGCGGCAGGUGCGGCGUCGGAGCAGCAGCAGCAGCCGCAGCAGCGAGAGCAGGAUGCUGGGAAGGCAGUGCCGCCGCGGACACAACCGCAGCAGCAGCAGCAGGCGUUGAAGCCGGCCAUCAGAGUUAUGGUGAGGCCCAAGGCACAGCCACCGCCCCUGCAGGCGGCAGGUGGAGCAGCCGGGACGGGGUCUGGGGCGGAUGGUGCGUCGCAGGAUGCAGGUGCCGGCAAGCGGCCAGCUGCGCAGGGUGCGGAGGGAGAGGGGGAUGGUGAGGCGGCGAAGAAGCAGAAGGUGGAAGAGGAGGGGCAUGGCGGAGUGGGAGGAUUGACGGGGUUGUUGGGGCAGUACGGGAGCAGCAGCAGUGGGAGCGAAAGCGAGUGAGUAGCGGUUCAUGUACGCUGUGUUCUUCUUUAUGCUUGCCCUGCCUUCUGUGCGCCAGCAUUGGCUCUUUUAAGGAGGGUGUGUGCCCAGUGCAGUUGUGUUGGUGGGGGCGAGCGCGCUGUUGUGUUUGAGCUGGGUGGCAUACCUCAUGCGGAUGGGCGGUGCAGGGCGCUGCGGUGCCCACCUGAGCCGGGACACCGAACUGCACCACUGGGUUCUCAACAUGGGGAGCUCUUGAGGGCUGAACGGCGGGUUUACGAUUGACUGCUCAUUUCGUUACGGACAAACAGAUGUGCUACGAACUUAAAGAGGGAACCCAGCGGCCACAGCGCUCGUGAAAUGUAGGCAGAUAUGUAUGUGCAUUGUCGGGUUGUGGAAACACCAGGCAGGUCGAUGUUGACGCUAGGGCCACCCCCCUCUGCCGUGGUAAUGUUGUAUGGGAGCCUAGGUGGCACCGUGCAUACGCAUGGCGCUGUGUACGGUAUCUGCAUGUUCUGGCACGCCGUUGAGAAGGGUGCGGCUUAGCCUCUUGACGGGGGGUUGAUUCCUCCGAAUGCUUCUAGGUGGGUUCCUAUCGAUUGCCGUACAGUGCGGGUUAUCUCUUGGGGUGUACCGCAUUCGUCAGUAGCGGGGCUUACGGUAAGGGGAACAUCCCUCGACUUGCUUUUUUAAUGAUAGUGUCGUGAGAGGAUCUCGAAGACAGGAC